UGCUCGUAGCGGCGGCGACGGAGCCCCCCAGCGGCUGAGGGGCUAACUCCUAGCUCCUGUCGGUGGCCGGGACCCAGCAAGCCCCGGCAGCGGGGGAGCUCGGGGAUCCCCCCAUACAUCCAGGAUCCAGCGAUCCCCAGGAAAGCGGGGGGCCCUCCAGAUCCAGCACAGAGCGACUCCCCAGCCGGGGAAAGCGUAGACUUCCUCUGUAUUCGGAAGACAGCGACCCCCCUAGGUACGGUGAAGACUCCCCCUCUUCUAUCUGGGCCCCCCAAGACCUGAAACGCAGUGCCCCCCGUCCGGGAUUGCGGAAAACCCCUCCCAAGAGCCUGGCCAUUGCAACUCCACACCUCAAGACACGAAGACCCAGCUCAGAACGCCCCUAGAUCAGGGGAUCCUGACCCCCCCGCUCAACUCCGGUACACCGAAAUUCCACAUCUAGGGACCCAAGGACAGCAAGAGAUACCCUCACCAGCAAGAAGCCUCGGGGACCACCCCCCGCAAAGCUCCAGGCACCGGGUGACCGAGCCCCUUGCGGCGCCCUUCGCAUCCCGGCCCAUGAUCGUGGAGCCCUGAGCCCCCCCGGGCCGGGCUGACGAAGACCGAGACGGCGCCCAGGCCCCCUGCCGCGACGUCCCCGCGGCCCCAGCCCAGGGAGAAGAUGAGUGUGGGCUGCCCAGAGCCCGAGCCGCCCCACUCCCUGCCCUGCUGUGGGCCAGGGACUGCCCCUGGGCCGGGUGCUGGUGUGCCCCUUCUCACUGAAGACAUGCAGGCACUGACCCUCCGCACACUGGCCGCUAGCGACGUCACCAAGCACUACGAGCUGGUCCGAGAGCUGGGUAAAGGAACCUAUGGAAAGGUUGACCUGGUGGCCCACAAGGGCACAGGCACGAAAAUGGCCCUGAAGUUUGUGAACAAGAGCAAAACCAAGCUGAAGAACUUCCUGCGGGAGGUGAGCGUCACCAACAGCCUCUCCUCCAGCCCCUUCAUCAUCAAGGUCUUCGACGUGGUCUUUGAGACGGAGGACUGCUACGUCUUCGCCCAGGAGUACGCGCCCGCUGGGGACCUGUUUGACAUCAUCCCUCCCCAGGUCCAGUUUACAAACAGCAUGUGGUCGCCCCAGGGCCUGGCCCCACUCUCCUCGUGUGCCCACUCCUCUCAAGACCCCACCUCUCCACUGGGCACGGGGCCCUCCACACGCCAG